ACCCGCACAGACCCGCACCGGGACCCGGUUCCGUGAGGAGCCUCCGCCGCCGGUAUGAGCGCAUAAACCGGGAGGAAUAGAGGAGGAGUCCCGGGACAGCUCGCGCCGGGGCUGGAGGAGAGCUUUGGGCGUGGCGACCGUGGUGAUGGUGUUGGACUCAGGUGAAGUCUUCAUGGAUCAGGUCGAAGUUGAAAGUGUUGGCAGCAGCAGGGACCCGUUGGAGCCCGAUGUGCGUGGGUCCAGAACCGAGGGCACGGCCAGAUCGCCUGCCAAAAGGAGUAAUGCUGCCAAGAAGGAGAAGGUGUCCCACAAUGGACUUCCUGCCCAGACGAACAGCAGCCAGGUAGCGCAGAGGAGGCCAUCAUCAUCCUCGUUGUUGUCGUCUAGAGGCGGGGCCACGCCCAGACCGCCGCUCCGCCGCCCCCUCAGCCUGGAGAUAAUGCCCCAGCGCCUGCGGGGGUCUCAGGAGCAGAUGGUGGACAGGCGGAUCCUGCAUCCUCCCUGGAGAAGCGGUUCGGCCGCCCCGUCGCCCCCAGUUCGCAGCCUGACCAGCCCCAGCCUGGGCGCCGGCGGCUGGAUGCGCCGCAGUGAGAGCACCUGCUCGGUCAACUACUCCCCGGGGCUCCGGGUCGGCAGGGGCCAAAUGAGACCCGCCACCUCGCUGCCGCACAUAGCGAAGAGGGAGGUCAGCAGGACGCCAACCCCGUCCUCCAGGCCCUGUCUGCUCGUCGCCCUCAGGCCUCUGAACCUGGAGCAGGAGAAGCAGACUUUCUUCCAGUCCGACUACGACUACGAGCCUCAGUUUGAAUACUCCCAGCCGGAGCCCAGGAGUGUGCUGGAGAAGUACCGAGAGGGUUCAGGCCUUUUCCUCGAACAGGCCGUUGGAAUCAUGGAAUGCGUCCUGAAGAAGUUUGGCUCCUAUGAGGACUUUGAGGAGGUGACCGGCGGCACCGUCCUCCCUAAAAGUCAAGUCUGGGCCGCUGUGCGCAAAUACUUGCAGAAGGAAGGCUGUGUGGGGGAGGUGGUGGUGCGUCUGUCUGACGAGCUGCUGUCUCAGGCGGUGAUGGUGGUGGAGAGCUGCCGUCCCACGCUGACCAUCAACCUGGCCGGAGCUCGACAGCACUGGCUGGAGGGGAUGCUGCGACACGAGAUCGGUACACAUUACCUUCGAGGGGUGAACAACAACCUGCAGCCGUGGUCCACCACCGAGGGCAGGAAGCAGUUCGGCCUCAAACCGGCCAAUCCAACGGAGGAGGGCCUGGCCAGCCUGCACAGCGUGUUGCUACGGAAACAGCCCUACCUGUGGCGCGCCGCCCUGCUGUACUACACGGUGUACCACGCCACCAGCAUGAGCUUCAGCCGGCUCUUCGGCCACAUCGCUCGCUUUGUCCAGGACCCGGAUGUCCGCUGGGAGUACUGCCUGAGAGCCAAGAGGGGACAGACGGACACCUCGCAGCCAGGAUGCUUCAGUAAAGACCAGGUGUAUCUGGACGGGAUCCUCCGGAUCCUCCGACACCGAAGGAACAUAGACUUCAAGAUGUUGACUUCUUUAGGCAAGGUCUCUUUCGAAGACGUGGAGAAGUUGCGUCCUCUGGCGGUCCUCCCACGGACCAGAAUCCCCCACUUCAUGCGAGACCAGGAACGUUACCUGCAACACCUGGAUCACAUCGUCGCCGUCAACGACCUGGACGACACAGCGCUGCAACACCUGCUGCCCUAACCUCCCCACCCCCCCAUCCCUGACCUACCUGCACCACCUGAAUCCAAGAAGAAGAAGAAUCUGGAGGUACACAGACUGUGGUGCGUUUUAUAUCACUUAAAAAAAUAUCCAGUAUUAUCAACGCUUUAUUUUAGCUUUUUCUUUUUGGUGUAAAACUUGAACGAUACGAACAAAAAGGGACGUAAACACUAACACCUCUAUCUACAUUUUCACUUUUCGUCCAAUGCAUGCCCCCCCCCCCCUCGCCUUUAUUACUAUUUACUAUGAAGUUACCUCAAUACUGCAACACUACGAUGUAACCGACAUUAUAUAUGUAGACUCGUACAUAAUCACUGCAUCCAGCACCUGUACAGGACACUGCUAACUGGUCGCGUUCGGAUUUAAACGUGCUUUAUUUAUGCAAUUAUUUAAGUUGUUUUUUUACUUUGAGAGAGCAAUCUGAAUGUCUCUGGUAUUAGCUUUAUACAUUUUCUUAUUUUAUACAUUGUUUUUAUGCCUUAGACUGUUUGCAAUUUUUAAAAAGAAAAGGACACCAAGGACACAAACAUUUCAAAAAAACCCGGGGAAGUUAUAACUGAGACCAUGAAUCUUUAAGAUAUCAAGUGCCAGUGGACUCAGUCAAGUAUUCAAACACUCCCCAGGGUGUGUUUUUAUUUUUAAAGUAUCAGUGUUAUUAAAAGACGAUAAUCAGCUGUGUUAAUGUCUUAACGGUGUCCUUGGUGGUCUUUUGACAUCAAUAUGCUACUGUGAUGUGACCGCCGUCCCCGAGCUCCCCCCCGCUGCAGAAGCCAAACUGUCUUAUGCUACGUUAAAGGUCUUUUUGAUCUUGCAGAAAGUUAGAUGAGAAGAUUGAUAUCAUUUUCAUGUCCUGAAGCUUAGAGAAUAAAAAGAAACUCUUCUG